AUGUCUCAAAGGCAGCCUCAGUCACCUAAUCAGACUUUAAUUUCCAUCACAAAUGAUACAGAAUCAUCAAGCUCUGUCGUCUCCAACGAUACCACACAUAAAGGAUGGACCGGAGACAACUUUCCAGGAAUAGAAGCACUGUGUGCCAUCUAUAUCACUUAUGCUGUGAUCAUUUCAGUGGGCAUCCUCGGAAAUGCCAUCCUCAUCAAAGUCUUUUUCAAGACUAAAACCAUGCAAACAGUUCCAAAUAUUUUCAUCACCAGCCUGGCUUUUGGAGACAUGUUACUUCUGCUGACUUGUGUGCCCGUGGAUGCAACCCACUACCUGGCAGAGGGCUGGCUGUUUGGGAAGAUCGGUUGUAAAGUGCUUUCCUUCAUCCGGCUCACUUCUGUCGGUGUGUCAGUGUUCACGCUAACAAUUCUCAGCGCUGACAGAUACAAAGCGGUCGUGAAACCACUUGAGCGACAGCCCUCCAAUGCUAUUCUGAAGACCUUCGUAAAAGCCGGUGGCAUCUGGAUUGUGUCUGUGAUAUUUGCUCUGCCAGAGGCUAUAUUCUCAAAUGUAUACACUUUCCAAGAUCCUAACAGAAAUGUGACAUUUGAGUCAUGUAACUCCUACCCUGUCUCUGAGAGGCUCUUGCAAAAAAUACAUUCUCUGUUGUGUUUCUUAGUGUUCUAUAUUAUCCCACUCUCGAUUAUCUCUGUCUAUUAUUCUUUGAUUGCCAGGACUCUUUACAAAAGCACCAUGAAUAUACCUACUGAGGAACAAAGCCAUGCCCGAAAGCAGAUUGAGUCCCGGAAGAGAAUUGCCAAAACAGUAUUGGUGCUGGUGGCCCUGUUUGCUGUCUGCUGGUUGCCGACUCACCUCCUGUACCUCUACCACUCCUUCACUUACGAGAGCUAUGAAGACCCCUCGGCCGUUCCUUUCGUUGUCACCAUUUUCUCUCGGGUGCUGGCUUUCAGUAAUUCCUGUGUGAAUCCCUUUGCUCUUUACUGGCUGAGCAAGACCUUCCAGAAGCAUUUUAAAGCUCAGCUCUGCUGCUUCAAGGCACAGCUGCCUGAGCCUUCUCUUGGUGACACCCCUCUUACCAACCUCACUGUGAUGGGGCGGGUCCCGGGUACUGGGAGCACACAUGUGUCUGAAAUUAGUGUGACCGUGUUCAGUGGCUGUAGCGUGAAGAAGGGAGAGGACAAAGUUUAG